UUCUGGGGCGCUACUAUCGUGUGGAGUGUUUACCUUUCACUUCGAACGCGUUCGGUCCUGUUGAGGUCGCGAGUUCAUCUAUCGGUCAUCUCUCAUUAAAAGCAAUUACAUCCACUACUAUCACAAAGCAAAACAAUUUUUCAAUUCUUUUGGCGUUGUGUCACAUAACUAUUUAAAGUUUUUUCACGUCUCUCAAUUGAUACAUCACAUAUCGCAAUAUAUAUAUAUAUAUGUAUAUGUAACGUGGUAUAAUCUACGUACUGAUAGCAUUCGCCGAUGUUGUUUGUGUUUUAACGUUGACUAUGUUCGGGUUGUUGCGGAUUUGAAUUGUUAAUUGUUCAAAGGCGCCGUCGUUGCGAGGGGUGAUAUUGGGCGAUGUCUUAAUGUGAGCCGCGAGGUAAAUGUUUGACAAUGAACAAGAGCAAAGGGAAUCGGUCUUUGUACACUUUGGUGUUUAUUGUGGUUUGUUCUGUUGGAUUAGUUAACAUCGAGGCGACAAACUUGCAAGCUAGGAAAAUAGAUGGGCAAAAGGAUCACUGUAAUAAAACGGUGGAUAUAUACGAGGACGUGUCGAGUCCGGAUUUAAUGCCGGAAAACUUUGGAAAACCUCUCACUUGCUGGUAUCGUUUCCGGUCAUUUAGAGGUACUCCAAAAGACUGGAUAUUGCGAAUUAAAUUUAACAAGUUCAAAGUGGGAACUCUACUCAACGCGAGCCAUUGUCAGGGAGGUUACAUGCAGGUACGUGUCGUUGCAGUACUUGGCAUGUCGAUAGUAGAUGGAAAUGCGAAGACGGACGUUUCCAAUCGCAAAGAGCCCGGCAUGUUCUGCGGUGAGACGGAACAGCCGCAGACUUUUAUGUCUGAAACGUCCUUUGUCAAAAUCGUGUUUCACGUGGACAAUUUUACCGACCAAACUUACUUCAGUUUCGACACGAAGGCCGAACAGCAGCUUGUUGUCUACCUGCGGUACGGACAACAUCCUGAACUUUAUCCCAACAGAAGGGGAGAAGUUGUUCAAGGGUCGUAUUGCGAGAGGAUAUUCCGCGACUGUCGCCUUCAAACGUGCUACGUCCAAAGCCCGGCUUAUCCCGGGGUUUACCCGAGGAACCUGCAUUGUCGGUAUUACCUGAACACCCGUCUCCCCUUUAUCAAGCUCUACAUUGAGAACGAGGAGUUCAAUAUUGACGGGCAACGAUGCGAAAAUAUCAUGACUUGUCCCAUGAGGCCGAUAUCGUCCGGCCAAGAAAAUUGUCCGUACGAUUAUAUUAAAAUUUACGAUGGCAAGAACGAAUUCAGCCCUGUGAUCGGGACGUUUUGCGGAAUGGGAAAAUUCCCUUAUUCCAUAAUAGGAACUUCGCAAGAUUUAUUCGUAGAAUUCGUCUCAUCGCCUGCAGGGCCCCUGUUGAACACCGGAUUCCAUUUUAAUGUUGGAAAUUGGCCUGGACAUGUCGACACUGCCGGAAGCAGAAACGGGACGUGCGAUUGGUUAUUGUCCUCGGAGAGCCUUCGGGCUUCGGGAGAUUCUGAGGGGAUUUUUUUAUCCGUAGCGCAUUGGUAUCCCCCCCACACGAGCUGUACUUACCUCAUGCAGGGGGAAGAAGGAGAAAUUGUGAGACUGUAUUUUCCAAGUUUUCGAAUAAAUAGAAUAGAAUCGCCGAUAAAACCAAUAGACGGAGACUGCGGCGAGUCACUUACUUUAUACGACGCUUCGUGGCCAAACGAUGCCAAAAUUAUUAAAACGUUCUGCGACACAUUUUCCAAGCCGAUGGAAAAACACGACUUCGUGUCAUCCGGCAAUGCCCUUUUUGUUAGGUUCGAAAGCAAAACAGGAAGUUACAGCGGAUCUUCGCUUUAUUACUGGGCCCACUACGACUUCUUCAACAACACAAAGCUGGGAGAGCCCGUCCCUGGGAAGCCCUGUGACGAAGUAUUUGCUUCGUGGAAGACCACAAAGGGAUGGCUGCGAUCACCUCUCAACACCCUCGUAUACAAGCAACCGCCUAAUAGCGAAGACGUGCAGUGCCUUUACCGAUUUGUCACAGACAAACGGCUCUAUGCAAGAGUCAUUCUUACCAUUAAUCGCAUACAUUUCAAAGAUCAUCCCUACAAUCCUGGACCUUGUACCAACUGUUUAGAAGACCGCAUCGAUAAGCUGGUCGUUUGGGAACCUCUGCCAGCUGGCGUCAACAGUUCGCACCCUGCCAUAACCCUAACAAAAGCAGCCCAAAUGGGUGAAGUGACAUGCAUCUGUAAUCGCCACACCAGACCUACCCAAAUCAUCUCCAAAGGGGAGCAACUCAACCUGCAGCUCAUCGUGGACAGUGCCCAUUCUGCCCUGAGCUAUUUCAAGCACAACGCUGCCCUUUUCGAAGCCACGUACGAAUUUGUGCAUGGUCCCUUGUGUGGUCCAUCCUUGAUUCAACCGACCACCGAUGGGGACAUCCACUAUCCCUUCUACGAAGCCAUAGGGUACGUGGAACCUCCAAAAUCCAUCCGUUGCAUCUGGGAGAUCAAGGUGAACAGAGACAGGGAUUUGUGGAUCCACUUUGACAGGGUCAAGUUUGCGUCUAAAUCCUGUGACGAUGGGAUCGUUGACAUAUUCCUGAAGGACAAGGCGGAAUCAUUUCUAUCCGUUUGUGGCGAGAACGUAUCUCUAGCGAAGGAAUUGCCGAUUCUUUCUGCAGCCCAACUGAGCCCAGAUGGUGCUGAACCAGCCAUUACUGUCCAGUUUGUUGGAAGGACUUCUCCAACGCGUGCUGCCUUCAAAAUCGCCUGGACCGAACUCUUUCAUCUCCCAAGGAACACUGAUGGAUCCUUGAAAACGUCUCGGUUAACUGAGGCAGGAUCUGCUGCAGAAAUCAUCGAAGGCUGUGAAUUUACGUGUCCUGGAGACGCAGGACUCUGCAUACCUGCAAGAUUGGUUUGCAACGGGGUUGUUAACUGCCCUAACGUAUCGAACAUUGAAGGGAGUUCCUUUCUCAGUGACGAAUCAGAUGAGUUAUGUGUUCAAGAGACUCACAAUGACAUCAACUGGCUUUACAUAGCCCUGGCGGGGGUUGGGACCGUUUUGGUGUUAUGUUUUUUGUGUGUCUGCAUUUACCGGAAAUGCUGCAGAUACUGCUGUAGUGACGAUGACGAUGAUGACGACUAGUAGUGGUUUUAGAUGUUAUAGUGUUGUAUAAAUAAAAUGUAAAGAAGAACCCCCCACUUUUUCGAACUCUUAUGAAAACGCUCCACAAGGACUGAAAAAACAAAUGCACAAUAAAAGAUUUUAAUGUACUUUUUGACAAUGGGACUGGAAGAAGAAGGAAGACCAUCUUCCAAUGAAGAUCCCCUCUUCCGUGGUGUGGACUAACGAAAUUUUUUAUUGUUAUAUACUGUAGAUACUAUAGUUAGUAUCCGACAUAGGAAUUUCGUUUACGAAGACAAGCUCAAGAGUUAAUAGAUUACAUUCUCCCAAACAGCAAGUAAGUAAUAUUUUUUUUUCAGUUUUAUUUGUAUAGGUAGGUACCUACAUAAGUAAAUGUGCCAUCUUUUAACAUUGUCCUUUAAAUUUCAUUUCUGUCUUUAUUGUCUUUCAAUUUAUAUUAAUGCAAUAAUAAUCAGGGUAAUAAAGUUUUAUUUAUUUAUUUCGACUUAAUUAAUUCUACUUCAGAUAUCUAGUUAAUUCAUUGUUUACUUUAAAAUUGUAUUUCUCAGAAUUACCUCUAUUUAUUUUUAAUGAAAGUCAAUUAUUUCAAAAACAUAGAGUACCUAAUCACUAAACAGCCUUUAAUGUUUUAUAACUUUUCUUUCACAGACGUUUGUUUUCACUUAACUAUAAAGACAUGGUCAUUUUUUAAAUGUUUCAAAUAUCAAUUGUCGAACAAAUGAAUUAAACUUUAUUGGAUAGGUAAUUAUUAUCGUUAAUUUAAUCUAUUUUGUUGUUCUAAACUUACUUUACGCAGUUUAUACUGUGACACUCUGUAUGUGUAUAUAAGAACUCACCCUGUAUAUACUAAAACAAACAAAAAAAAAAUAGAAAUGUUGCUUUGGAGAAUUAUUUUAUAACAGUUUGAGCUCCAAGUUUGUAUUUUUCCGAAAUGUAAAGCGAAAAUGUUCUAAAUGCGAAGAAAAAAUUAUAAAUUCACAAAUAGUUUUUGUAAUUACUUACGUUUCAAAUAUAUCUUUGUAAAUUUAUCAAUAAAAAUGUCAUUC